GCAGCAGCAGGCAUACUGUGCUACGUGGGAGCCUAUGUGUUCAUCACAUAUGAUGACUAUGAUCACUUCUUCGAAGAUGUCUACACGCUAAUUCCAGCAGUUAUUAUCAUAGCUGUGGGAACACUUCUUUUUAUCAUUGGACUUAUUGGGUGCUGUGCCACAAUUCGAGAAAGUCGCUGUGGACUUGCUACAUUUGUGAUCAUCCUGCUCUUGGUUUUUAUCACUGAAGUUGUUGUCGUGGUUCUUGGAUACAUCUACAGAGCAAAGGUGGAAGAUGAAGUUGAUCACAGCAUUCAGAAAGUAUACAAUGGAUACAAUGGGACAAAUCCUGAUGCAGCCAGUCGUGCUAUUGACUAUGUGCAGAGGCAGCUGCGCUGCUGUGGGAUCCAUAACUAUACAGACUGGGAGAAUACUGUCUGGUUCAAACAAACUAAAAACAACAGCGUGCCGCUUAGCUGUUGCAAAGCAGCCCUCAGCAAUUGUACUGGCAGUUUGACUCGCCCAAUGGACCUUUAUUCUGAGGGGUGUGAGGCUCUGGUUGUAAAGAAGCUUCAAGAAAUCAUGAUGUAUGUCAUCUGGGCAGCACUAGCGUUUGCUGCUAUUCAGCUUCUGGGCAUGUUGUGUGCCUGUAUAGUACUAUGUAGGAGGAGUCGGGAUCCUGCCUACGAACUUCUCAUCACUGGCGGAACCUACGCCUAGAAGAGAACGCGAACGCGCAGUUCAAUCUUGUCUCACUUAUGUGGAAGGUGAAUGGGCCGGGUCUCCUGCGCUCCCUUUCUCGCCCUAUGCUUAGUCAGAGCACACCUUUCACAGAUGCGGACAGCCGUGCUGUACACUGGUGAUGGGCAAAACAACUCAGCUUUACACACACCCAUAUUAUUACCCGUGACUUUCACUGUUUUAGCCAGCUAUUCAUGUAUCUAAAUGUUUUAGUAUACUAGUAAACUUUCUAAUUUCAGAACCAUUUGCAAGGUAAGAGUGAUUUGGUUGAUACGGAAGUCAAAGGAUGCGUGCCUACUGUGGUAGAUUACCUCUAAGCAUUAACUGGCUGAUUCUUGCAUAUAGGAAGAGGAUUUCUGAAACCUUCACUACAUGGAACUCUCCUGGCCAAAGUUGUACAAAGGAAGCCAGCUGUAUUUCGUUUGAGGGGAAAAAAAAAUUUUAAUCUUGCCCCUCACCAGUGUGACUUUGUAAAAACACAUAAGUGAAGUCCAGUACACUUUAUAUAUAAAAUUGUAAAAAAAAAAACAAAAAAACCUAACAACAUUUUAGGGUUGUGUGACUGCAGUUUUGGCCUUCAGAGAUCAAAUCUUUCAAGCAUUAGUCGUUUAAAAUACAAGCUGGCUUUUCAGGAGUAUAAUGUAUGCACUACUGUUCUAUAAUGAAAUAUUUCAUUU